UGGGUAGCGUAGUCCCGGGCGGCCCCAAGGAUUCCCGAUCCCCGGGCGUCAGCGAGCCGUGAGGUUCGUGGUCUGCCGCCGGUGACCUCACCGACCCGGUUCGCCCUCUGCGCCCUGAUUUCAUACUCAGGUUCAUUACGAUGGGAAGCAUGAGAGCAGAAACGUCUAGAAGCCAGCUCUGUAGUGCCCCCAGUUUCACUUCUCCUUGUGAUCGAGGUAAAGGAAGUUUCUCCACCUUGGCAAACUUCCCAUCUGCUUGCUUAGUUGCUGAGCCUUGUUCAUUCUUUCCUUGCCAGAGCUUUUCCAUUCCCUUCCUUCUUCUGCCUGCCAGGCUCUUCUCCUAAUUCUGCUUCUCCACUGUCUUUUGCUGCUCUGCCCAUGAGGACAAAUAAUGAUCACACCACUUACCUAAUUGCCUGGCCCUAGUUCUGGUUCCUACUAUAAUGAGAAAUGUGGAUUCUGGAAUGGCAGCGAGGAGCUAUGUGGACUAUAUCUCCAGCAAAACACCAUAACUAGUAAUUUAGAAAAUAAACCAAAAACAACCAUUUAAACUCAUAGAAUUUGUCUUAAGACCACUCAGGAAUUUAGAGAAAUAUUUAUUCAUAAGAAUCAACUGAAAAUGAGCCCUUCUGAGAACAGUGAGAGUCUGUAACAUUUGACACACAAACUGCUACCCCUACCCCACCCCUACUUUGGUCCACUCUUGAGAGAAACUCCACUAUGGGCUGUGAAAAUCACAAGAUGGAACCCUCUCCCUCUCCAGCUCUCAGUCUGUGGUGACAGUUUUUCCCUGAGAGAGGCAGGAUGCCACUGUUCUUAACUUCUCUUCCCCUGGCAGUCCUAUGUUCUGAAGUGGGUUUCAUGUAAGCAUCAUUAAGAAGUGUGGUGUUCAGGGUGGAUCCCUUUGAAUUUAUUCUUCUCGGCUUUGUAGAUUCAUGUUUGCCUUCAAAUUUUGAAGUUUUGGCCAUUAUUUCUUCAGUAGUCUCUAUAUCUUCUCCUAAACACCCAUAUAUAGGUCCAGCAAAUGGUGCCCUGUAACUCUCUUGGGUGUGUUUAGGGUCUGUUUACUUUGUCUCAUUCUUUUCUCUUCCUUCUUCUCUGUAAUUUCAAAUUCUUCUCUUUAUGUUUGCUGAUUCUUUCUUCUGCCUCCUCAUCUGCUGUUAAACACCUCUACUGAAUUUUUCAAUUCACAGUGUUUUCAGGUCCAACAUUUUCAUUUGCCUCCUUUUUGCAGUCUCUGUUGAUAUUCUUAUUCUGUUAUGUAUAUUUUCCUGAUUUCCUUUUCUCUAUCCAUGUUCACAUAAGCUUUUUGAGAAUCUUUUAGACAGUUCUAAAAUGUUUCUCAUAUGCCUGAAGCUUAUAUUUCUCCAGGGAAAGUUUCCAUUACUAUUUUCUUUCAUUUAUUGGGCCAUGUUUUCUGAGUAGUAGUAGUAGUUGUUGUUGUUAGAAAUUAGUCACUGUGGAAAAAGUAACUUCCUUUUCCAGUCUUUGCAGACUGACUCUUUGCCAGGGAAGAUUUUUGUUACUACCUUGGCAUUGGUUCUGAGCUUUGGGAUCAGCCUGAGGUGGUUUGAGAUUUUCUCGGGCCUUUUUGGAGCAUAGAUCUUACCUAGCCCUGUGGCUUUUUCCAUUUUCUCGUAGGCAACUGCUUUUAAAUAUUUAUUUGUUCCAAGAAUCUCUCCCCUGGGCCUCUGAUGGUCUGUUGUUUGGCUCCACUCAUAAUAUCUUGCCCCAGGCAUCUGCUCUUCAGUCUGUCUGCAUUUUUGCCACGUAGGAUCCAGUGCUUUUUCUCCUUAAGAUGUGAUAUCCUCAAAACAGAGAGAGCAGUCCCUCAGGCUGCCUCCAACAGCUUAGAACCUUGUAAGAAAGGUCUACUGGGCUUUCUCAGGUUUGAGGGAAGGAAGUGGAAACUGGGAUGCUGCUUUAGAAGGUCUGUUGUAUUCUGCACCUGUAAUUUUUUGCCCCAGGCAUCUAUAGGCAAGUUCACCAUGAGAUUUUUCCACUAGGCAGCACUUGGACAGGUUAAAACACUGGGAAUAAGGUGUAUUGAGCUGUAAAUAUGACUGUCUCAUUUUGUUGUUGGUACUGUUUUGUUUUCUUGAGACUGUAUCUUGCUCUGUUGCCCAGGCUGGAGUGGAGUGGCAUGGUCAAGGCUCAUUACAGACACAACUCUUGGGCUCAAGCCAGGAAUAGCUAGGACUAUAGGCGUAUGCUACCAUACCUGGCUAAUAUUUAUAUUUUUUGUAGAGAUGAGCCUUCACUGUGUUCCCCAAGCUGGUCUUGAACUCCUAGGAUCAAGCAAUCUAUUUGCUUCAGCCUCCCUAAGUGCUGAGAUCAUAGGAAUAAGCCACUGUGCCCAGCCAACUGCCUUCUCUUUUUAAUGUGGCUUUUUCUUGAUUGGGCAGUUGCUUGAAUCCUGGGGACUUUUGACUGUUUUCAAAUAAAGUUGGCUCAUAUAAAAUUAUUUCAGCCAAUUUUUUGGCUAAGCAUAUAAUUAAAAAUAUGACUAAUGCUUUUUCUGUAAACUAGUAUUGUGAAAAAUCUCAAAUGGACAGCAAAAUUGAGAGAAUGAUAAAAUGAAUCCCCAUUUUGCCUUCAUCCAGUUUCGAUAACUUUAAAACCAUGAGUAGUUUUGUUCGAUUUAUCCCUUCUCCCUGUUUAUGUGCCAAAGUAUUUUAAAACAAAUCCAGAUGUCUUGCUAUUUUACCCAUAUAUACAUGAUCUCAGAAAGGAUUUUUAAUCAAUAUUGAGGUGUAACUUGUAUACCAUAAGAAGCACUACUUUUAACUAUAUAAUGAGUUUUGACAAAUGUAUACACACAUCACUUAUCACCUCAAUCAAGAUACGGAACAUUUCAACAGGGUUCCUAUAUGCCCUUGCAAGUAAUCACUCCAGAGGAAAGUAGUCAAGAGUUCUCACCAAAAUAUGGACAAGUACUAUCCAGCGAUACAUGAAAAGGAUGAUAAAUUCUAGCCAAAUAGAAUUUGUUCUCAAAAACCCAAGACUAGAGUGAACAUAGAGUAGCUACCUAUGGAGAUAUUUAACCUUUUAUCUGUAGUUCUCUGCUUAGGAACAAAAGGAAAGGCAACUUCUUGCAUGAAUCAGCUUUCAGCUUAAUAUUUUUCUUUUGGCAGCGUGGCCUGGGGUCUCAUGUUUUUAUUUUCCUUUCACUGCUUUCAGGGACCAAAAGAGAAAAACCUACAUGACCGUCUUAAUGCAGAAAAAUACCCAUUUAGGGUAAAAAUUCUCAGCACAUGCGGAAUAGAAAGAAUUUCCCUUAAUAUAACAGGUUAUGUGUGACAAGCUGACUGCAAUCAUCAUAUUUAAUGGUGAAAUUGGUCAUCUGCAAGCUUCUCUUCUCCAUGAAGAGCAGGAAGACAGCCAUGGAAUCCCAGGGAGCCAAGACAGAGGAAUAUAUGCAGAAUGUGUCCUGCCACCCAAGAAUCUUGAACUUGCACAUCAGAGGCAACACCAACUACAAUUUUCUAAUCAAAGCUGCCAGACUGACACAGCUGAAGGUCAAGAGAAAGAAAAAGGCUCUAAGCCCAUGGCAUUUUCCAGCCCACCGCUAAGGCAUGCAGUAAGCUCAAGGAGGAGGAACAGUGUAGUGGAAAUAGAGUCUAGUCCAGGCCAGAGGGAAAAUCCUACAGAAAUAGAGAAAGUAUUGAAAGGAAUAGAAAAUUCAAGAUGGGGAGCAUUCAAGUGUGCAGAGGGUGGGCAAGACUUCAGCCAGAAGAUAAUAGUAAUCAUACACAAAAAAGCACAUUCCCGGCAGAAGCUUUUUACAUGCAGGGAGUGUAACCAGGGCUUUAGAGAUGAGUCAGCAUUGCUCUUGCACCAGAAUACACACACAGGAGAGAAGUCCUAUUUGUGCAGUGAGUGCGGGCGAGGCUUCAGCCUCAAGGCAAAUCUCCUCAGACACCAGAGGACACACUCAGGAGAGAAGCCUUUUCUGUGCAAGGUGUGUGGACGAGGCUAUACCAGUAAGUCAUACCUCACUGUGCAUGAGAGAACACACACAGGAGAGAAGCCUUAUGGGUGCCAGGAGUGUGGGCGACGGUUUAAUGAUAAGUCCUCAUACAACAAGCACUUGAAGGCGCAUUCAGGGGAGAAGCCUUUUGUGUGCAAGGAGUGUGGGCGAGGCUAUACCAAUAAGUCAUACUUCGUUGUGCACAAGAGAAUACACUCAGGAGAGAAGCCUUACAGAUGCCAGGAGUGUGGCCGAGGCUUUAGCAAUAAGUCACACCUCAUCACACACCAGAGGACACACUCAGGGGAGAAGCCCUUUGCGUGCAGGCAGUGUGAGCAAAGUUUUAGCGUGAAAGGAAGUCUCCUCAGACACCAGAGAACACACUCAGGGGAGAAGCCUUUUGUAUGCAAGGAUUGUGGGCGAAGCUUUAGCCAAAAGUCAACUCUCGUCUACCACCAGAGAACACAUUCAGGGGAGAAACCUUUUGUUUGUAGAGAAUGUGGGCAAGGAUUUAUUCAGAAAUCAACUCUUGUGAAACAUCAGAUCACACACUCAGAGCAAAAACCUUUUGUGUGCAAGGACUGUGGGCGAGGCUUUAUCCAAAAGUCAACCUUCACUUUACACCAGAGGACACACUCAGAGGAGAAGCCUUAUGGAUGUCGGGAGUGUGGGCGAAGGUUUCGAGAUAAGUCCUCCUAUAACAAACACCUGAGGGCACACUUGGGUGAGAAACGUUUCUUCUGCAGGGAUUGUGGGCGAGGCUUUACUUUGAAGCCAAAUCUCACCAUACAUCAGAGGACACACUCAGGAGAGAAGCCCUUCGUGUGCAAGCAGUGUGAGAAAAGUUUUAGUUUGAAGGCAAAUCUUCUUAGACAUCAGUGGACACACUCAGGGGAAAGGCCAUUUAAUUGCAAGGAUUGCGGGCGAGGCUUCAUCCUAAAAUCAACUCUUCUCUUCCACCAGAAGACGCACUCGGGGGAGAAGCCUUUCAUCUGUAGUGAAUGUGGGCAAGGAUUUAUCUGGAAGUCAAACCUUGUGAAACACCAGCUUGCACAUUCUGGCAAGCAGCCUUUUGUAUGCGAGGAGUGUGGGCGAGGCUUCAACUGGAAGGGAAACCUCCUCACACACCAGAGGACUCACUCAGGGGAGAAGCCCUUCAUGUGUAAUGUGUGUGGGCAAGGCUUCAGCUGGAAGAGGAGUCUCACCAGACAUCACUGGCGGAUACACUCAAAGGAGAAGCCUUUUGUGUGCAAGGAGUGUAAGCGAGGCUAUACCAGUAAGUCAGACCUCACUGUGCAUGAGAGAAUACACACAGGAGAGAGGCCUUACGAAUGCCAGGAGUGUGGACGAAAGUUUAGCAAUAAGUCAUACUAUAGUAAGCACUUGAAGAGACACUUACAUGAGAAGCGUUUUUGUACAGGGAGUGCGGGUGAGGCUUCAUCUUGAAGUCAUAUCUCACCAGCCAGUGAGGCCACACUCAGGAGAGUAACAUUACUUUGUUACAUGCUUUAGUCAUGGCUGCAUAACUUGUUCCUGAAGAUAAAACAAAGGCAGACAUAAUCUAGAAGGCUACAGAUAACCUGAACUCAAGCCACAUGUCCCCAAGAGAUUCAGAGAAAAGAGGUCCAUGUUUGGGGAACAGAGAUGCUAGCUGAGGGGAGGGCAUUGCUAUUGAGGAAAUGUGGUCUCCUUCCUACUGAGAACAUAUUAUUGUGUUUGUGCCAGGCUUUCCAAGGACUGCUCUUAGCCAGUGACUGCAGAGCAGAGAUACCAAGGGAGGCCUGUUACUGACACCCUCCCCAACCUCCUUAGACUGCAAGCAAUCUAAGCCUCCACCAAACCUCCUCUUGUACUUUCCUUUCCUCUGGCUGCUCUCCCAUCCUUCCUUGACACUAUGGUUUGAAUGUUUUUGUUCCCUCCUUAAUUUAUGUCAAAACUCUACAUAAACUGUUUACUGUUGAAACAGUGUCACAGUAUUAGAAGGUGGGGCCUUUGGGAAGUGAUUAAGUCAAGUCAUGAAGAGAGUGUGAAUAGGAUCAGGUGCUCUUAUGAAAAGCCUUGAUAGAGGGAAUUUGUCCCUGUGGCCCUUCUAUUUUCUGCUCUGUGAGGACCCAAUGCUCCUCCCCACCAAAAGAUGCAGCGUGAAGGCAUCAUCUUAGAAACGAACAUAAUCCCUCAACAGACAGCUGAACCUACCAAUGUUAUGAAGUUAAACUUCCCAGUCUCCCAAACUCUGGGAAAAUAAAGUUCUCUUUAUACA